CCGCGGGAGCGCGCCUCGUGGCCCGGAAACGCGCCAGCGGCGUCGCGACGAAGCCCUCGAGGCGGGAGGUGGGAGGCGGGAGGCGGCAUCUACUGACCUAAGGCAGGGCCCCGAGGGCCGCUGCACCCCGGGCGCGGCAUGCAGCCCUGGCCCCCUCGGCGCUGGGGCACGGGGGACGAGCAGGCCCCUGACGAGGCGGGACCCUCGGCGGGCGGCGGCCCUGGCCCGGCCUGGAGCGUAGCGCACGCUGCGGGGGCGCCGGGGUCUCCCCGAGAGUACAGCCCGAGGGCCCGGCGCCCCUCCUGGAGCCGCGACGAGGCGCAGCCCAGCCUGGGCGCGGAGCAGCCCCGCGGAGCCCCAGGUAGGUGCAGGCCCCGCCGCGCUCGCCCCAAGACCCCGCGCCGCGCUCGCCACGUCGCCCUGCUCAAGGCCCUGCCGCCCCCAGCCCCCCUCUCCCCCAGGGUGGCUUGGGAGGUGGCCCCCUCACGGAUGGCCCUGCCGGCACCCUGGGACCCCAACUACGAGCCUAAAGCCGGAACUUGGCUGCUGGGGGGGCGCUGCUCUUCCUGCACCUCCUUCACCUGCCGGACCCUGUGUCACCCCACCUUCUGGCCCAUGUACGAGCCCGCCUUGCUCAGGGGCCCCGAGAACCGGGAGCUGCUGCCCUGUGACGCGGGUGCGGGCUUGGGCGCCCCGGGUUCGAUGCCCGGGGAGACCUUUUCCCCGCCGCUGCCGGCGCUGCGCCGGGAAGACUUCCUCCUGGACCCCCUGCUGCCCGCGGGCCAGCGCGUGCCCCUGUACCUGUCGCCCCAGCAGGCGCGGGGCUCUCUCCGACUGCUGCUCCCGCCCCCCGUCGCCACCCCCUGCGUGCUGCCCCCGCAGGUCUCCGGCCGCCGCUCCCUCGCCUGGCUUACCGGGCCCGAGCUCAUCGCCCUCACUGGCCUCCUGCUGAUGAGCCAGGGGGAGCCCAGGCGUAGCCCCCCGGACCGCGGCGCUGACCACUCGGGGCCCAGUGGCGACCGGAACUGUCCCCACGGCACUGACCCCUCCCCCCCAGGGUCCGGAGACCCCCACACCCCUUAGCCCUUCUGGGGGCCCGGCAUUUCCCCGCGAGGAUUCUGUUAAUAGUAAAAGCGUUAGUUUGCAAA